AUGGCGUAUAAUAUGCCCGGAUCAUCGGCCACCCAAGGCCCUCCCUUCUUUGAAGAGAUGAUGAAUGCAUCUAAACUCUACACUAAUGACGACUAUCUCUUGGAGGUCCAGAAUUCCUGGAUAGAAAACAUCGACCCACUACUCCGCUUGCCCACUCAAGCUCAGCAGGUUUGGCAGAGCCAGCAAGAGCCCCUUCAACGGUUUAUGACACAGCCCGAAAGAAACCUCUUCACGGCCGGCCCGGUCCAUCAUCACAACCAGAGACUCCCACAAGCUUUGAAUAGACCAACAGCCCCAAUAUCUACUCUUCCACAAGCUUCCCGUCCACGGAUGACCUCUCCUUCUCCUUCCCAGGAACAAACAUCGACAACUUGCAGCAGCGCAAGAAGCCCGGGUCCUGAUAUGGAUUGGUAUAACGAAGCCCAGUACUCCCCCAUGGCUCAACCCCGAGAUGACUACUCCCUUCCCAACGCAACAUUUUACCUUGGCCAAGCAUUUCCAGACCCAUGGGCCAGGGCAUCAGAAGGUCAAGUCUUCUCCCUGCCUCAAGUUUACUCCUGCCUGCAACAUAUCCAAGGAUUGCCCGAUCUUGAACCUGAGGAAGCCACUUUUGAUCCUGACGAAGGCUUCAGUGCCAUAGAGGUGCAACCCGAGUACGCCAUCGAGGUAGAUAGCGGGCACCUAAAGAAUGGAAUAACCAACGACUAUCCUUGCCUGGUUGACGAAGGCAUUGGAACAUCGAUUAAGGACCAAUCAUCACCAGAAGCGACUGAAUUCCCGCUGUCCCAGACCGACGUCAGCUCUGAGGCCGAUGCAGAUGCCGAAGGGGAAGACGACUUUGAGCUCCCAAUUGUGGACGCCAUUUCAGACCCCGAAUACACUCCCAAGUGCCGCCCCCGCAAACAACGCCCUUCCAGAAACACAUCUCUGAACGCCACCAAAACCGGCCGCAUCACAAAACUCGCAGCCCCGAAAUCUCGCAGCAACCUACAUAACUGCAGGCUCUGCAACCACUCCUGUAAAGAUGCACAGGGUCUACAACGCCACGUUGCUGCUACACAUACCCGAGCCUUCACCUGCGUCUUCUCCUUUGCCGGCUGCCCCGCUACAUUUGGCAGCAAGAACGAAUGGAAGCGCCACGUCUCAUCUCAACACUUGAAUCUCCACUCAUGGAUCUGCAACGUCGGUAUUUGCGCUCAGUCCAAGCGGUCAAAAUCCUCAUCUGGCUCGGCAUCAAGAGGGAGUGAAUUCAAUAGGAAGGAUUUAUUCACCCAGCAUUUGAGACGAAUGCAUACCCCGGCCCACCUUAAGAAUUCAACCAAGAAGGACAGAGAGUGGGAGGACAAACUUAAGGACCUAGGCAGAACAUGUAUGGUGAGCAAUAGGCAGGCCCCCACUAGGCUUGGAUGUCCUGUCGAAGGGUGCGGCACCAUAUUCGAAGGUAACGGGGCGUGGGAUGAGAGGAUGGAGCAUGUCGGCAGGCAUCUUGAAGUUGGUGCGAAGAAUGCGGAUAGUGAGGCUGUGUACCAGGAGAAUGAUUACUUGCUUAUUCGAUGGGCUGUUACCGAGAGGAUUAUUGAGCCCAAGCCUGGUCAUGCUAGGGGCUAUAGGCUUGUUAUUGGCGGCGGAGCUUCGGUAGGAGAUGAGGAUGCAGAGGGAGAGGAUGAGUGA